AUGUUUUUGAGCGCAAUCUUCAAGUGCAAGGCCGUUGCCAUGAUAGCAUUUCUCUUCAUGGGAUUUGCUGUUGGAGCUCCCAUGGAUCACCACGAAACCAUAACUUCGCAUGGUUUCGGCAACCACAGCCAGUGGAACAACACAUACAGUCCCACCGCAACCCAGGCCUUUGGUGGUGAUCUAACCUGGUAUGAGACCGGGAUUGGAUCGUGCGGCUGGUUUAACAACGGAGGAGUCCACGUUUGCGCCGUGUCUCGUAUUGUCUAUGACCGCGCGAACGUAGACGGCAACCCCAAUCACAAUCCACUUUGUGGGCGGUUGAUCCACAUCCAACGGGGCGGCAGGGGCAUAGAUGUCACUCUGGUGGAUCGUUGUGAGGGAUGUGGAGAGUUUGACAUAGACGUCAGCCGUGGUGUCUUCGAGGCACUCGGUAACCUCGAUGAGGGUCGUGUUCACACUGAUUGGUGGUGGAUAUAG